AUGACAACAACUUCGCCUAGUUUGUCGCCUGGUAUAAGCCCCGGACUAUCGCCUGGACUAUCGCCUCACGCCUCGCCCAUGCUGAUACCCAUCUCUCCAGGCCUGCGGUACCCGUACUACCAGUCGCUGGCGUCCACUCUGUCUCCCAACACAAAGUCGCCCGGCACCUCUCGCAUCCUCCCCAGCACCUCGGCCAUCUCACUGCUCUCCCUGUCGCUGAACGAGCUGGAUCACCACAACACCAUAGAUGACGACGGACUGACUUUCGAGUUCUCCAAGGAGUCGUUUGGAGACACAAGCACAGGCGCCAGCAAUAGCAACACCCCCAGUGCGCCCGCCUCCAGACGCAACUCGCUGCAACAACACUACAACCAGCGACGCCAUCAGCACUACCGGGCCACCACCCCCAGCAGGCCCCACUCCAAGGCUCCAUCUGUGGCCUCUCCUCCGGACUCUCCCGGUCUGGACCCGAUUUCGCUCUGUGGCUCUCCCACUGUGCUGUUCCUGUCGUCCAGUUUCGACAAGGCCAUGCAAGGGGAACAUGCCAUGAGUCUGGCGGGAGCCCUGGCCAGCUCUGCAUCUUCUGGAGGGGUCAAGAAGCGCAAGAAGAGCCGACCGUCGCUGCUGGCGGUCCCCAAGGCCUCUGGCUUGGUCUACAGCACCCACGCGGUGCCCGAUGUGCAUGAGGAGGUGGAAGAAAAUGACGACGGAGAGGUUCCUGACUCGCCCGAUUUGCAGCCUGUCAAAAGCCCCAAGUUUGACGCUCCCAUGACCCCGUUAGUUUUGGAGAGCGAGAGUUGGCUGGACGCAAAGUCAGUGGAGUAG